GAUUGAUCUGAUCCAACUGAUACUAACCGACCCAAUCGAAAUUUUAGAACCAUGGUCCAAAGUCUAGUCCAAGUUACACACGAAGGUGAAACUUAUAAUAUUGAAAUCUUAUAAUAAGUUUACAUGCAGGCAGUAAAUUUCCAUAACUGCAAUGGUCUUCAACUAAGUGGACUGAAGCAUAUGAACAGCCCAAGAAAUCAUAUCUCCAUCAAUGGUUGCAAUGUGGUAACUAUUUCUCAUCUCAAUAUCACUGCACCACAAGACAGCCCAAACACUGAUGGUAUCGACAUAUCAGCCUCAACCCAAGUUCUGAUCCAUGACUCUUACAUUGGAACAGGAGAUGAUUGUGUAGCCAUUAACACUGGCAGUUCUUUUAUCAACAUUACGAAGGUUCACUGUGGACCAGGCCAUGGCAUAAGUGUGGGAAGCUUAGGAAAAUAUGGAGCUCAUCAAACAGUGGAAGAAGUCCAUGUGAAUGAUUGUAGUUUCUAUGGAACCAUGAAUGGAGCAAGGAUCAAGACAUGGAAGGGUGGAUCUGGAUAUGCUAAGAAGAUCUCUUUUGAGAAAAUUACACUUACAGAAGUAAAAAACCCCAUCAUCAUCGACCAACAUUACAUUGACAAAAACGUUUACUCACCACAAGAUGCUACUGAUGUUGAAGUGAGCGAUGUGACAUACAUAGGAUUUCAUGGGUCUACAACUUCAAAAAAUGCCAUCACAUUAAUGUGUGGUGACAGUGUGGGUUGCACCAACAUUGUACUGGACCAGAUUAACAUCACAUCAGUAGUUCCAGGGAGUGGGUGUUCCUCCACUUGCAGUAACGCCCAUGGAAAAGCAACAAAUUGUAAUCCACCUAUAUCUUGUCUAUCUUAAUAUGUCUUUUGGGUCUCUUGCUGAAAAGGUUUGGAGGUGCAACUACUACAUAAGGAACAUAAGAAAGCAGAUUGUUACAGUUUUAAUAACCUGAAGGAAAAUAAGGACGCUGCGGUGGUGUACUUAAAGUUCAGGAUUUUUAUAGAGGACUUGAGAAAUAAAAGGAGACCAAGUGAUGGAGAGCUGCACAUUUAACGUGGUGCAUGGAGAAAAAAUAAAAGAAGACUGGAUAGGAGUAGUUAUUUUAAAUCUGUAUUCUAGUUUUACUUCAGUUUUGGAGAAUUUUGUUUGUGUAUUUUUUUUUUUCUGUUAUUUUAAAUAAUGGUAAUGGAUGAAUGUUAAUUUUGUUAUUAUGGACCUCA